AUGGUCAAGCUGUGCAUCUUAAUGCUGCUCCUCGCCUUCCUUACCACUGUGAAGGCCGAAGAAACUGAGGUAAAUGAGCCGUCACCACCAAAGGAAGAUGCCGAAGAAGUCGUUUCUGACGAGAUUACUGAAGAUCAGGACGUUUUGGUGCUGAACAAGCACAAUUUCGUGAGAGCACUAAAGGAGAACAAAUACCUCCUGGUGGAAUUUUAUGCCCCUUGGUGUGGACACUGUAAGAAUUUGGAACCAGAAUAUGCCAAUGCUGCAGGGCAGCUGAAGAAUGAAUCUUCGGAAUUAAAACUCGCCAAGGUAGAUGUCAUAGAAGAGAAGGAGCUUGGUUCAGAGUUUGGUAUCCAAGGCUAUCCAACAUUAAAGUUUUUUAAGGAUAGUGACAGAAAGUCUCCGAUUGACUACACAGGGGAGAGAAAUGCCAAAGGCAUUAUCAGCUGGCUAAAAAGAAGAACCGGUCCUAGCUAUACAUUCCUGGAGAAUGUAGCUGAAGUUGAAAAGUUUAUUGACUCAGCCGAGGUUGUCAUCAUUGGCUUUUUCAAGGACCUUGAAAAUGAUGAUGUGAAAACAUUUUCAGAGACAGCAAAUGAUGUGGUGGAUAUACCAUUUGCUAUCAGCAACGAUGUAAAAAUUUUAGAAAAAUAUGGCAUAUCAAAGAAAUCCAUAGCACUGUUCAAAAAGUUUGAUGAUCGGCGAGCAGACUUCGAAAUCCAGGAAGAAACUGGUUUGACUAAGGAGGAACUCAGUAAAUUUAUCAAGAUUAAUAAAAUGCACUUUGUAACUGAGUUUACCAAAGAGAAUAAUGCUAAAAUUUUUGAUGCUAAAAUUGACAUCCACAUCCUGUUGUUCAUCAACAAAACAAUUGAGGAGCACAAUCAGCUACUGAAGAACUUUAGAGAUGCUGCAGUUUCCUUCAGAGGCAAGAUCCUUUUUGUUUUCAUUGAAAUGAAUGGUGACAUUGAACACAUCCUGGGGUAUUUCUCUGUUAAAAAGGAGAAUACACCAACAAUCCGUUUAAUUAACAUCACCAGCAUUAAGAAAUACAAGUUUCCAUUUGAUGACAUCACCACGGAGAAUGUGAAAAGCUUCUGUCAGGAUAGCCUUGAUGGAAAACUUGAGCCUUACCUAAAGAGUGAAGACAUUCCAGAUGAUUGGGACAAGGAUCCAGUUAGAAUUCUGGUUGGAAAGAACUUUGAAAAAGUUGCUUUUGAUGAGACUAAGAGUGUGUUUGUUGAGUUCUAUGCUCCCUGGUGUGGUCACUGCAAAGAACUGGCUCCUAUCUGGGAUCAAUUGGGCCAGAAGUACAAGGAUCACGAAAAUGUUUUAAUUGCUAAAAUGGAUGCCACCAGUAAUGAAGUUGAAUCUGUUACAGUCCAUGGAUUUCCAACUAUCAAAUACUUCCCUGCUGGCUCAGGCAAAAAGAUUAUAGACUAUGAAGGAGCAAGGGAUCUGGAAACCUUUACAAAAUUUUUAGACAAUGGUGGCAAAUUACCUCAAGAAAAUGACACAGAUAAUAAUGAUGAACUGGAUAUUGAUGACAGUCUCAAUGGAAAGACCAACAAAACAACAGAGCAGCAUUCAAAAGGCCAAGACACUGCCAGUGAAGCUAAAAAGGAUGAAUUGUAGUUUCUAUCCUUAAAGAUUCAAUUAUACAGCUUGAUACAGAACUAAGCGCAAAACCAGUAUCAUGGCCUUGAUAAUACAAAAGGUUUCAUGAAGGGUGAUCACUUACCAUCAAAAGCAAUGACAUUUCUGUGUGAGAAACAUGUUUUACUCUUUAUUAUUCUAAUAAAUCGGAUGUCUGUUGUACAAUACAUAAUAAUGCAGAGAAAGAAUUGGGGAAAAUGAGUCCUGUUUUUUUACCAUUUCACAUGAAACAAACUCUUUUCUAAAUAAUAAACAUUUUCUUCUCUGAGACUGUAA